GCAGUGGCGAGCAAAUUGCUCCCAAGAGCUGUUCUUUCCAACACCACAACAACAUGAAGUUUCUAGCGUUAGCACUGGCUAUCCACGGACUGGUGCGGCACGGCGGUGCAGCCACCGUGAAGUGGGAAGAGAGCCAAUCUGGUGAUUCAAGCUCCUACGACUUUAUUGUUGUAGGAGGCGGUACUGCCGGUCUCGCAGUCGCAUCGCGUAUCAGCAUCGGACUCCCAGACCUUAGCGUACUCGUUGUAGAGGCUGGGCCUGACGGUCGUCAAGACCCAGCAAUCUUCAUUCCAGGAAGAAAAGGCUCCACACUAGGCGGAAAAUAUGACUGGAACUUGACCACGAUUCCACAGCCUAACGCUAACAAUCGCGUUUUUUCGCAAAACCGUGGCAAAGUGCUUGGUGGUAGUUCGGCACUGAACCUCAUGACAUGGGACCGCACUUCUGAACACGAGUUGGAUGCCUGGGAACAACUCGGCAAUGUUGGAUGGAACUGGAAAAGCUUAUACGCAGCCAUGCUCAAGGUUGAGACAUUCUUGCCAUCGCCUGAAUAUGGCAUCGACGGUGUUGGCAAGACGGGCCCUAUACGAACUCUCAUUAACAGAAUCAUCCCACGUCAUCAAGCAACUUGGAUCCCCACCAUGAACAAUCUGGGACUACCUCACAAUCAUGAGUCGCUCAAUGGCCAGCCCGUAGGCGUAUCAACCCAACCAAGCAACAUCCGACCCAACUAUACUCGCUCGUAUGCUCCAGACUAUCUGAAACUAGCAGGACACAAUCUGCAGCUGAAGCUAGACACUCGCGUAGCAAAAGUCAAUUUCAAGGGUACAACUGCUACCGGCGUUACUUUGGAAGAUGGCACCGUUAUUCAUGCGCGAAAAGAAGUAAUCUUGUCCGCUGGAUCGUUUCUGACGCCCGGAGUCCUCGAGCUCUUUGGAAUUGGAGAUUCGGCUCUCCUAAGCAAGAUCGGAAUUCAAGUCAUCAAGCACCUACCUUCUGUCGGCGAAAAUCUCCAGGAUCACAUUCGUACCCAAAUAUCUUUUCAAUUGAAGCCUGAAUACACUUCGUUUGACGUCCUCAAGAACGCUACACGUGCAGCUGCGGAGUUGGCCUUGUAUAAUGCUGGGCAACGCUCCCUUUAUGACUACACGGGAAGCGGCUAUGCAUACUUUUCCUGGAGUCUGAUAUCCAAUAAGACUGCCUCAAGACUGCGUUCUCUUGUCGAAAGCGACAAAAGUUUGACUUCUACGACCGACAAACUAAAGAAAAGUUACUCGUCUCCAGUUCUCAGUGACAGGAUUCCUCAACUCGAGGUCAUCUUUUCCGACGGCUACACUGGAUAUAAGGGCUAUCCUGCAGUCAACUCUUCUCAAUUUGGCAUCAACACCUUUUCGCUGAUUGGCGCUGUGCAGCAUCCCCUCAGCAAAGGCUACGUUCACAUCACCUCGCGCAACAUUACUGACAAACCGCUCAUCAACCCGAAUUAUCUUUCGCACCCUUACGACGUUGAGGCCAUCACGAGCCUCGCCAAGUACAUGCGCAAGAUCGCUUCGUCUGCACCAAUGAGGGAUAUCUGGACUGAGGAGUACGAACCCGGCAGUUCAGUACAGACCGAUGAGGACUGGGCGAAUUUUGCACGAGCAAAUACGUUCAGUAUCUAUCACCCUGUAGGGACUGCUGCACUACUUCCAGAGAAGGAUGGUGGUGUUGUCGACUCGGAGCUGAACGUCUACGGCACAAAGGGCUUGAGGGUGGUUGAUGCGAGCGUUAUUCCCUUGCUGCCGAGCGCGCAUAUUCAAACUCUUGUUUACGGCAUUGCUGAGCGGGGGGCGGAAAUAAUCAUACGUGAGUACAAGUAA